GCCCGGGGGCCGCGGGCCCGCGCCCCGCUGCCGCCCGCGAUGCUGCUCUCCAAGUUCGGGUCCCUGGCGCACCUCUGCGGGCCGGGCGGCGUGGACCACCUCCCGGUGAAGAUCCUGCAGCCAGUCAAGGCGGACAAGGAGAGCUUCGAGAAGGUGUACCAGGUGGGCGCCGUGCUGGGUAGCGGCGGCUUCGGCACCGUCUACGCGGGCAGUCGCAUCGCCGACGGGCUCCCGGUGGCCGUGAAGCACGUGGUGAAGGAGCGGGUGACCGAGUGGGGCAGCAUCGGCGGCGCGGCCGUGCCCCUCGAGGUGGUGCUGCUGCGCAAGGUGGGCGCGGCGGGCGGCGCGCGCGGCGUCAUCCGCCUGCUGGACUGGUUCGAGCGGCCCGACGGCUUCCUGCUGGUGCUCGAGCGGCCCGAGCCGGCCCAGGAUCUCUUCGACUUCAUCACGGAGCGCGGCGCCCUGGACGAGCCGCUGGCUCGCCGCUUCUUCGCUCAGGUGCUGGCCGCCGUGCGCCACUGCCACAGCUGCGGGGUCGUGCACCGCGACAUCAAGGACGAGAACCUGCUGGUGGAUCUGCGCUCGGGCGAGCUGAAACUCAUCGACUUCGGCUCGGGCGCGCUGCUCAAGGACACGGUGUACACCGACUUCGACGGCACCCGGGUGUACAGCCCCCCAGAGUGGAUCCGCUACCACCGCUACCACGGGCGCUCGGCCACGGUCUGGUCUCUGGGCGUGCUGCUCUACGAUAUGGUGUGUGGAGACAUUCCUUUUGAGCAGGACGAAGAGAUUCUCCGAGGCCGCCUUUUCUUCCGGAGGAGGGUCUCCCCAGAGUGUCAGCAGCUCAUUCAGUGGUGUCUGUCCCUGCGGCCCUCGGAGCGGCCCUCGCUGGACCAGAUCGCUGCACACCCCUGGAUGCUCGGGGCCGAGGGGGGCCCUGCGGAGAGCUGUGACCUGCGGCUCUGCACUCUGGAUGUGGACGACGGGGCCAGUACCACGUCCAGCAGUGAGAGCUUGUGAGGAGGAGCCCGGGCCUGGCUUGUGGGAGCCGGAGGGACCAAUCCCGCCUGGGCUGUCUGCCUCUUGCAAAAGCAGUGACCUCUGACUCCCGGUGACCUUUGCCUUUGGCACCGGGCUGUUUUCUUUGCUUUGAG